UGCUUUGUGACGGACAAAUGUCAGGAGAGAGCCUACUGAGUCCAGCUCAGACAGAAUUCCACUCACUGGGGACAGUUGAUAUCCUGUCAGAAUACACCCUGAUGUUAACGGGGGAAACCUUGGAGGACCACAGCAAUACCAGCAAAUUGGGGCCAGGGUGCAAUGAGGAGUCAUGUCCACAGGGGGCGGUAUGGCCCUGCGCUGGCUGUGGAGAGUCCAUCAGAGACCCUGUGGUGCUACGGGUUGGGUCAAACCAGCAGUGGCACACAGGGUGCCUGUACUGUGACGAGUGCCACUGUCCCCUGGGAGAGAGUGUCAGCUGCUUCCUGAGGGACGGGAGGACCUUGUGUAGGACAGAUUAUGCACGACUAUUUGCAGAGAAGUGUGGAGGCUGCAGGGAGGCAGUACUGUCCUCUGACCUGGUUGUGAGGGCAGGAAGACAGAACUAUCACCCUGACUGUCUGCACUGCUCGCUCUGUGGUGCAUUACUCAUGCCUGGGGAUAGCUUCACCCUGGGACCAGGAGGACCAUGCUGCCAGGCAGAGCACACGAUGCCAGAGCAACAGAUCCAAAAAGCAGACACACUAAAGAAAAGAAAAGGGUCAGGGAGAAGAGGAGGAGUUUGGGAGAGAAGGUGGUUGGACAGGGGUAGGAGUAGAGGGGUGCGGGUGCGGGUGCGUACCGUCCUCAGUGACACCCAGCUGAAAGCCUUGUGCACCUGCUACUCCCAGACCCCCCGGCCCGACGCAGCGGUCAAGCUCCAGCUAAGUCAGCUGACUGGCCUAAACAAGCGGGUCAUCAGGGUGUGGUUCCAGAACAAACGCUGCAAGGACAAGAAGAGCGACGCCAAAAAAGGAGGCAGACCAGUGUCAGACUUGGACUUCACAGCCCUGCUGUGUACUGCAGCCAGACCGAUGGUGGUCCUCUCUCCUGAGCCCCCUGACUUUGCCCUCCAGAUUUACGUCUAUGAGUCAUCAUGGCAACCACUUGAUGGCCAAAUCAAGCUCUCAGCUGACCAUGAUGAGCUGACCCUCACUCAUAUUUCCCAGAGAACGUGUUUUUCAGAAGACCUAGGUUCUCCACUGCAGCAGGGUGGUGAGCACGCCGUCACCAUUCUGACUAUCUAGACAGCCACCAUCCCAACUGAACUGUUACUGUAACUAUGCAGAGUUAUCAAGACCCUGUGUCUAAUCUGAAGGGGCUUCAAGCAGCUGUAAAUCAUGUAAUUAGUUAUUUAAUGUAUGCUAUUAUUAUUAAACUAGUUCCCAAACAGGAGAAUGUUGUGUUGGAAAAAAUAGAUGACAUCAUUUGGGUCCCAGUUCUGCAUGUUUUGUUUUCUGUAUGGGUAAAUGGAUUAAAGGUUAUGGAUCAAUGAGAUAAAACAAAAUGUGCACCACUAUACUAUGGCCCAUGCAGCACACAGUGGUUUUACACCAUGAGAAUUCAUCCAGACCU